ACUCCAUAAUGGACGCAUUGAGUUCCUAAAAUUGAGACAAGACAGAAUUUGAUGAAUAAUCUAGAGAAUGUAACUUUCUGAGGACAGUUCCUCAAGCCAGAGAUGCUUUCCCAUGUCAGUUGGAUACAUUUAUUUGGAGAUAAGUGCCGUUUUCAAACUAUGCUUAGGAUUCAGUGAUUCAGACAGCCUACUUUUUGCAGCGUGCAGCCUUCCUCCCUCUCUUUCCUCCUGCUGGCCGUGGCCCCUGAACCGGCUUAAACCAUCAACAGUAUGUUCGCAGGCUAGGGCUGUGUGCUAGGAAACAUGAGCAGGGUGAGAUAUUCAGAUUCCCGGGCGGUGCGGACCAGGUCGCUGGAUAAAGCGGAGGAGGAGACGGCGGUCCGUGUGGUUUGAGCUCAGGAUCUCAGGACGGGAACAUGUGAGCGGGGAAUGGGAGACUGGAAACAGGAUUAUUGUUCUACACAGCAGAGAGACGCAGGAGGGGCCCGGGGCAGGAGAGACACGGGGACUCUGUGACACACGUGGAGACUUUUCCCUCAUUUUUGAAAAAAGAUUUUUUCUCAUCGGUGAUAUUUGCGGAAUAUCUGGCCAAAGAUGAACACCAUCGUGUUUAACAAGCUCAGCAGCCAGGUCCUGUUUGAGGAGAAGGCGAAAGAGGUGGAAAUGAGCAGCAGAAAUUAUCUGGAAGUCAUCGACGGGCAGCAUCCAGACCUCCUCUCCAGCAACCAGACCAUCAGAGACAACCAGGCUAUCAGACACAGACGGAGCGGAGGUCGUCCCAGCGGAGGUAAAGUGCGGCACAAGCGUCAGGCUCUGCAGGACAUGGCGCGGCCGCUCAAACAGUGGCUCUACAAGCACCGAGAUAACCCCUACCCCACCAAGACGGAGAAAAUCCUGCUGGCCCUUGGCUCGCAAAUGACCCUGGUCCAGGUUUCCAACUGGUUUGCUAAUGCCAGGAGGCGACUGAAGAACACAGUGAGGCAGCCAGACCUGAGCUGGGCACUGCGGAUUAAACUCUACAACAAAUAUGUGCAAGGCAACGCAGAGAGGCUGAGCGUUAGCAGCGAUGACAGCUGCUCGGAAGACGGAGAUAACCCUCAGAGGACACAGAGCGGCCCAGAGGAACUCAACAAGCCAAUGUACCAGAGUGUGAUCAAGAAGGAGGGCUCCUCCAUGGUGGGCAUGGCCAUGGGAAUGGGGAUGGGAAUGGGGAUGAGGAUGGGGAUGGGAAUGGGAAUGGGAAUGGGGAUGGGCAUGGGGAUGGGCGCAGGGCUUCGCUCUGCAGCCGAAGCCGCCUCACUUGCCGAGGACUACGUGUCUCCACCCAAGUACAAGAGCAGCCUGCUGCACCGCUACCUGAACGACUCUCUGCGCCACGUCAUGGUGGCCAACGCUGUCAUGGACGCUCGUAAAAGGAACCACUCCGGCUCCUUCAGCUCCAAUGAGUACGACGACGAGCUGCUGUCGCCAUCCUCCUCAGAAGCUGAGGCGAACUUUGUUUAUCGGACUGAAACCACAGAGCACGGAUCGAGUAAAUGUGACAACAGCAGCAGUGGCGUCGGAGCUGCGCAGAAGGAGAAGGUGAAGGGUAAAGACGAGACGUACUGGAGGGAGAUCAACGCCGCCAUGGCCUUGACCAACUUGGCGCAGGGGAAGGACAGCAUCUCCGGGACCACCAGCUGCAUCAUCCAGAAGUCCUCCCAUAUAGCAGAGAUCAAGACUGUUAAAGUGCCACUGAUGCAGAAAUAUUAGCCCCCUGACGUCAUUCUCGCAUCUCUCUAUGCAAAACCAGCAAACAUUCCUGUUCCAGCACACUUGCUGGAGUCCAAAUAAACUCCCCCACUUGUGAGAAGGAGAGGAAGGAGGUUCAAGGAGGAAGUGUGGAACAAAAAGUGAAGUCUCAUUCUUUCCGGUGUCCAAAAAAAUGCAAAAAAGAGGCCUUGAACAUUUUUUUUGUUGUUGGCUUGAUGUUUGAUGGACAAGCAUUGAUCAUGCAGUAUUUCCUAAAAGAAGACACUUUUGUAAUGUUAACUUAUUUUUGUGAUGAUUUUUUUUAUUUCUUCUUUUUUAUGUAACACAAUUUGUAUUUUGCCAAAGUGCCUUUGUUAUUUUUAGAUGAACAACUCGCUGACUGUGGUCAAUGCAAAGUUUCAGAUACUGAUGUGCCUCUCGUACUAAGUUUGGAGUCAUGAUUCAGGAUUCAUUUUGUGAAUGAAGCUCCUCCUAAGACACAGCCUGUGCCUUCAUGACUGAAUGAGCUCACCACCCGUGGCAGUGAUGAACUCAAAUAGCACACACACACUCACAGAACACACCCAGCAGUAUUUCCCUGAAGAUGUUGUGCUUGUUUUGACUGGAGUCUUCAUUUUGACUGUCAACUGAACACUGUUUUGUCUUAGUCAGCCUCUCGUUGCUGGCAGGACAACAAUGACUGUUGCGUACGUAGAUAAGCAGCCAACGUUCUCCACCUUGUUCACAUCUCGGCCUUGGAUUUCAUCAAUCAGCGAAGGAUUUCUGUCUUAUCUGGGGAAUUUUAGUUGCUGAAACAUGCACAAAUGCUUAGCUGGACCCAGUGAAGUCACGUUCACCCAUGCCUAUGUACAACUACAAGCGUGUUUUUAAGCUCAGUACAGUAUCUGUUCUAACAGAAGAAUGCCAUGACCUAAAAGGGAUGUUUUCGCUUUGCAUUAUCAGUGUUUUUUUUCUGUGGACAUUUGUUGCCUUCUCACAUGUUUGUGUUCAGAACAAGAUAGUCAGGAGUGAACGAGAACAAAAAAGCCACCAUCAGCUCCCCCGAUGUUUGAUCCUCAGCCCUCUCAGCUGUUUAGCAUUACAUUCAAAUUGCUGUUUACAAGAAGCCAGGGGAGAGACUUAAACGUUUGACAUUCUCCCCCUUACUCCUUUUUUUUCCUCUUGGUUUGUCUUCAAAAACACAUUCCAGUAUUAUCUAUGUGUCGGCCAAGCAAGUGUUCAGAGUAUUUGUUACUGUCAGUCUGUAUCUGUGUGGCCUUUUUGUUUUUAAUCAGAACUUUUGUACUUGGUUUCACUCAACCGUGCGGCAUUAAGAGCUUCUUUCGUCAGCCAAUGGAAAGAAUCUGUACUUUUGUACGGUGCAUAUGUUUAAAACGUUUGUAGCAAAGGAAGCCAAGUUCACGAACUAGCGGGAAAUCAAGUCGGACUUAUGGGAGAAACUGAAGUUGGCACUCUGUGCUGACUUUUUAAUUUUAUGUAUAUCUUCAAGGUACUGUUUAUGUGUGUCAAAAUGUACACUCCUUCAUAAAUUGUGCAGUUUUUCAUUUUUGUUUUCUGACAGCCAGACUGUGCUUCUGGUCAAAGACUUUUAAGAAGGUGCACAAAGAGACUUCUUUAACCCUUUAUGUAUCUUGAAUGUGCAAACUGUUUGAAAAAUGGUGCACGUAUGGUUCUUAGUUUCCAAUGAGAAAACAGCCUCCAUUGAGAACUUGUGGAGAGAAGUAAAAGAAAUGAAGGACAGCCCUAUAUUAUUCCUGCUAGCGUGCCUAUGGAUGUAUAAUGAAAUCAAUCGCACUAGCCAAUCCCCAGGCACUAUUUGCUUAUGCAGCGGGGGUUUUGGGCUCUCACAUGUGUUUUUUAUACACCUGAUCCAGGCAGGGUAGCUGCAGGGUAGUGCUGGGCCGGCUGCCUUGUGUUUCUAAUCGCACCUCUGAACCUCUGGACCGCUCAUGACUCUCACACCUCACACGAAACCCGCUCGCUGGGAAGAGAAGGAGCGAGAGAAGGAGGCUUCAGAGACGACAGAGCGGCCUUUGUUAUUUCUACCUGCAGACACUCCCCAACAACGACACUACGAGUACUCACAAAGAGGUUUUUACAGCCCAGACUCUGGUACUGUACACACCUUUCUCACAAACCAUGCUGACAAAUGGGAAGUCACGGUAUGUAUUAAAGCCUAUAAAUUAUUAUUACGGACUUUGUAAAAACAAAGAAAGUUUUUUUUUUAUUGUUAAGUUAUAUAAAUUCAGAUUUUUCCUUUUGUUUGUUUUGAUAGAGACUGGAUUUUCAAUCCAAUGACCAAAUGCAUAUCUCCUUUGUUGCUCUCAUGUAAAUUUUCUUUUAUAAAAACAGAUGUUUCAUGGUCAAAGCAAAAAAUAAACCUCUGAAUG